AUGUCGUCCUUCACUCUCACUCCCGCUCCCACUCCCACUUCCACAUUAAUCCCAUUCAACCAUAACGGUCGUCUCCUCACCUUGAUCCCAGGUAAACCCCUUCUAUACUACGCCCUGAACAAAUCUCGCUCUCCAGGACCAUUCCGACCUGGACCCCCAGGCGAAGGCGAAGGUGAUCCAGAUCCAAAUGCCGAAUCUCACGUAACUUUCCGUUCUUCGUCGGGCUCCUCUGAGGAUUGUCACAGUCAAGAACAAGGAGGACAAGAAGAAGAACCAGAUUGGCUGGAUCCCCCUGACGACUUCGAUCCCAUCGGGUACAUCGACGAAGAUGGACAAGGGCACGGAAAGAUCGAUUUUGGUUGGGCUUUAGAUGGCAUACCCACUUACAAUCCUGACACUGGGAACGACAAUAAUCUAUCAGAUGAUUCCUUGAAGCUAGUCCAUGAAGUAAUUCAGAUCAAUCAGGGAUUGGGAAUGAACAAUUUCGGAACGGGCUUGCUGUGGGUGGGCUUGUUCAAUAAAUUACCACCUAUUUCACACGAACAUCAUAAAGUUGGGUAUCCCAUUUCUGUCGAGCGCAGUUUCACCAGUCGCAAUGCAGGAGGGAAGAACGUUACGAGCUCAACGGAGGGCACCACCGGGUCUGGAGGAACAGUAGAAGAGGCAAUAGCCGACAGGCGAUGA